CGGAUACGGUGCCAGGCAGCAUGGAGCCGCUGCGCAAAGACCUCGAGUUCCCGGACGGCCGCGCGGCCCUGCAGUACGUACAGGACUAUGCGCUCGCGCAGAAGAAGAGCGUCAAGGUCGCGCGCAGCGGCGGUGGUCACAAGCUCGUGUUGUGCACUAGCGACGGCUGCUCGUUUCGCGUACAGCUCUACCAGCGGAAGCCGGCGCCUAACGUUUGGUACGUCUCGACGUUCACGAGCAUGCACCUCGACAGCUGCACGUCUGUGCCAACGCCCACGCAACGUCAGCUAGAGGCGCUGCCCACGCUUCAGGAGGCCAUCGAUGCCGACCCAACUAUCGCCGUCCGGUCCCUCCAGUCCCUUCUCCACGCCACGGACGUGGUCGCCCAUGCCAGCGAGAAGAAGCUGUCGCGGGCCGUCGCCAAGAUGCAGGAAGCGCAGAUUCAAGCGGCAAGAGACAUGUAUGUGCGGUCGGUCGAAUGCCUCACCAAGCUCGAUCCUGGGUUUCUCGGCUUGCCACCCGGCCCGAAGAAGCGCGGUCGAAAGCGAAAGCUGCCGGCUGCAGCCGCAACCGAGACUGUCAACACCAAUUGCACUGAAACAGUCGUCGAUCUUUGAGAUGUGCGCAACCACGAUCGUCCCCAUCAGUCCAUCAAUAUAGGCAUGGACCACGCGCUUGGCAAGAGGCUGGGUUCACGGGCUCAAGUCCACAAGUCACUGUAAGAUAGUCCUACAAUUGUAGGUGUAGUUUUGUGUUUCCAUGAUGCGCUUUGCAUACCCAGUUAAUGAGCAAAGAGCCAAACGGUCUAAAACCCA